GUGAAAUGUAAGCCUAGUUUGGGUCACAGAAAGCUCUCGUCGUUUGAUAGACCUGAAAAAAAUUGCUCUUUUAAAUACAUUUACAUCACAAAAGCGUUGAGAAAGUUUGUCUGAUGACCUGGGAGAACGUCGCAGCGGACAAGGUAGCCUAUUGACCAGGCUUCGUGUAUGCGCGAUGAACACUGCCCGGGACAAUUCACACCUAUGGAAAAUACAUUUCUAUUAACUCUGAUGUUUUUUUGGCUCUAAAUUAAAUGGAAGUUAUGUUUUUCUAUUAAUAUAGACUACUACUUUGAAUAUACAUUUUGAAUUACCUGAAUAUUUGUUUAUUUUGUUAUUAUGUUGCGUUUGUGUGCCCAUAUGGAAUUUCAGACAACUUCAGUUAGAAAUGCCUUUGGAUUUGAAUGUACAUCUCGGCCUGCGGCGUGCGGUUGUUAAACAUAAGCCAAGUGAACAGGGAGAAAAUUAUUCUCAUUUACCCGGAAUGACCACCACCACUGCCAAACUUGUACCGUGUCAACUCGGUCGUGGUAUUCGUAGCAUUGAGUACAACAACAUACCGUGGACUGUAACAAAACUCCGCGCUGUGGCGGAAUGCCUGAGACAACUUCGGCUUCUUUUUCAGGACUGUUGCGAGCCAGGUGGUCCUCCGCAGGCGAAAGUGUCCUUUGGGCUCGAGGCCCUACAGGAGUCCGUCCAGUCCCUGGCAGAACGCUAUCCAUCCAUGGGUCGACCUCCCGUCAGCCACGCCCUUGCCAUGCUGCGCCUCUCCCUCACUGAUGCCAAGAUCCCCAGCCAAACACAGACCAAGCGCUACAGCGAGAUCUUCCGGGACUUCGACAACUUUGAACUCUCACUGGUCUACUCCACGGUGGAGGAGAUGCUGCCAGACCCCGACUCUCAGUCUAUCGCUGAAUCCACCUCUACGGAAACAACUGAAAUUACAGAGGCGGAUAAUGUGACGUGUGACGAAGACGUCUAUCCUCCGGAUGGAGAUGAUAAAGAUGGAGGUCUAACAGCCCAAGAAGCCGACCUGGUCCUGUGUCGCUGCGAGGGUGGCGUGGAUCUGGCCCUGCAGUACGCUAAGAUGUGGUGCCGCUACGCCAAGGACCUGCUAGCCUGGAUGGACAAGAGGAUUACCCUGGAGCAAGAGUUUGCCAAGAACAUCAUGAAGGCGGCAGAAACGGCCAAGUCAUGUGUGGCCCAGCAGGACAUGAUGCCCCUGCAGUACAUAUACACCAUGGCCCUGGAGCACGACGUGAAGACCAGCCAGGCUGGCAAACACACCUCAGAUCUGCUGCACCAGCGCUGCUUCAUGGCCCUGAUGGCCAAGAAGAAUGAGAUUGAUAAGUGGCGUCGGGAGUUCAAGGAGCAGUGGUCCAGACAGCAGAGGAAAAUGAACGAGGCUGUGGUGGCCCUGAAGAAAGCUCGUCAGCACUACAUUCAGCGGAGCGAGGAGCUGGAGAAGACCAAGGCUGCGACCGCCAAGGUCGGGGACGACCUCCCAGCGGGACACAAAACCCUGGACAAGAGGAAGAAGUCACGCGAUGAGGCCCACUCCAAGGUGAUGGAGGCAGAGAUGCAAUACCGACAGUGUGUUUCUGAGGCCCAGGACCACCAGGACGAGCUGGAGAGGGUCAAGGAGAAGAUCAUCAUUCACAUCCGCAAGCUUAUCUGCCAGGGGGACACGGUGCUGAAGGAGGCGACAGUGAACAUGUUCUACUAUCAGCGUCAGCAGACGGAACCGGUUCCUUUAGGUUACCACAACUUGGAGUUGACGUGCCGGCCAUGUGAACCCGGGGAGCCGUACCUGCUCUACGUCUUCAGGAAGAGAACCGCCAAACAGCAACCCCAGACCUUCACAUUCCAGGAGUUUGUCCCGCAGAACAAGAGCCGACGUAAGACGAGCAACCCAAUCAGCUCGAUCCAGGACUCUUUCCCCCUGCCUGAUGACAGCCCAGUGAAACGGAAGGGCAACAGUGACAGUGAGAGCAUGGGAGGCAGUCAGGAGUCCCUUUCUAGCCCAGCCUAUGGCACCAGGAGGCUACCAAAAGCCCCCUCAACGGGGACGAUGUCAUCAGACGACUUGGAUGAGAGGGACAUGGGCACCGUGAUGGAGGGAGAUUCCCUGGACUCAACUCCAGAGGGGAACGGUGCCGUGGGGAAGGUACGGACGACUUCCCGAGCUGCACUGACUCACCGACUCAGGAAGAUGAAGAGCAAGAUGAUGAAGUGCAAACAGUGUGAGAACUACAUUGUGGUCAGCGGCAUUGAGUGUGAGGAGUGCGGUCUAACAGUCCACAGGAAGUGUCUGGAGGUCUUACAGCAGGAGUGUGAAAACCGUAAGGGGAUUCUAUUUGGGGUGGGCUUCUCCCUACUACCCCGGGAACGACCAGACGAGGUGCCCUUCGUGGUCCAGCGAUGCACCGCGGAGAUAGAGAGUCGAGCGCUGACUGUGCAGGGGGUGUAUCGUAUUAGUGGGUCAAAGCCUCGCAUCCAAAAGCUGUGUCUGGCCUUUGAGAUCCAAAAGGACCAGGUGGACCUCUCUGACCUUUCACCUCAUGACAUCACCUCUGUCCUCAAAUAUUUCUUCAAGCAGCUUCCAGAGCCCUUGUUGACCUUUGACCUGUACAACGACUUCAUCAGAGUGGGCAAGGACAUCCAGCGGGUCAGUGAGAAGGAAUCCACGGGGGAGUCACCAGGGGUGGUGGAAGACAUCGUGCACAACUUGAGAGACCUGCUGGAAAGACUGCCCCCUUUGCACUACUACACACUGCGACACAUGAUGUUUCACCUUCACAAAGUGUCGGAGAACUAUGAGGAGAACAAGAUGUCUUCCGGUAACCUGGGCAUAGUGUUUGGGCCGACCCUGCUCCGCCCGCUGGUGUCUGUGGACGUGUCCAUGGUGGCUCUGCUGGAGAGCACAUACCAGGCUCUGCUUGUGGAGUUCCUCAUCACACACCACCGCCGGGUCUUCCUCCGCCCCCUCGACACCCCUCCUCCACCCGCCCCCACCGCCCCGCUGCCCGACACCCCUCCCCGGCUGCCCAGCCCGGCCCCGGCCCAGGACGACGUUGCCGGUCCUGAGCCUGGAGCUCGGGAUUCCUCCGUCGAAGGGGACUCGUCCAAGGAGAGACCCCACUCGCUUGAGAAUUACACAAUCAAGGGAGAUUCGAGCGAGGGUUAUAUAUCUGACAAGUCGUCUUCCAAUGAGGCAGUGGACCAGCUCAGCUCUGAAGCCAAUGAGAGAGCAGUCAUGGCUGUGAGGCGGGCCGCUGCCCUGGGUGAUCCGGAGGGCGAUCUGGAGCUGAGGCACUCACCCUCCGUGGGGAACCAGCCACGGAGACACUUCAUCAGGCAGCCCUUCAAGUACCAGCGCCAGCCCACCCCGGGCCUCCGCCGCUCCGCUGACACCACCAGGGCCGGGCAGCUCGGGGAGGAGGACGAGGAAGGUGAGGAGGAGGAGGAAGAGGAGAAUAGGAGGAGGAACCAGUCGAGGAGUGCCGACAGCUACCGCAGCCCCUACCCUGACCCUGGGAGCCAGCGGAGGAGGAGCCUUCGGUCUGAGCCCCUCCCUCAGACAACUGCCCAUUCACUGCUCAGCAAGGCAGAUGGCUCCGCCCAUGACACCCAGACUGACCGAGAGACAUGUCCAUGUGAGGUUCCACAGGGGGCAGAAACGGUGGUAGAACCAUCAACACCCAAUCCUACGCCAGGCACCGGAGACCAGGAGGCAGUUGAGAGGCGGAGACAGAGCAGGGACGAGGCUCUGAAUGGCCCGGCCCGGAAGAUCUUGUCGGGGCUGAAGCUCAGACGCAGCCAUUCAGGACUACAGCAACACUUUGUCUGAGGAGCUGCAGGGUUGGAACUUGGACCAUAGAAUUAGAAUCACAUGGAUCUGUUGGGAUUCUAUUUCUAUGGUUAAACCCAUAGGAUGUAAUAGAAUGUAACUUCUAAGUGGAGCAAAAAAAACCACACCUUGAUGAUUAAUUACUCCAGAAUGCUCAUAAGAACAUUUUAACAUGAUCAUACAUGGUGAUGCACAUUUAAACACAGUUCAGACUCUCACACUAUUCAGACUCAACAUACACACAGGUACAAAUCAAACUGUUUAGGCCAUUUGUGUAUUCUUUUUAGGAGCAAAAUCUGCAUCACCACAAACUGCAUGUUUGCCAACCGAAGGACGUGAAUCUACCGAAGCAUGUUUGCCAACUGAAGGACAGUUCCGUUGUCCACACUUUGGUUGUAUUCACUAGGAACGAAACACAAACCAGACGAAUGGCAUAGGUAGAGGCAGAUCUGAAUUUGUUCAGGGGAAAGUAUCCUUUUCUGUUGAGCACUAAUAAACCUCAUAUCUCUGCCACGCCAGGACUGGAUCAACAGCCAGAGAGACUAAAUAAACACUUUGAUAGCAAAUGUCCCAUCAGUGUCUUACAUCGUUCCCUGCUCCAGUGCACUAUACAGAGAAUAGGGUGCCAUUGGGGACGUCAUCUCACUGUAAUACUGCGUGGUUGGUGGUGUGCGGAGCUGGCAAUGCCAAGACUACUAAAAACCACAGACUAAAUCCAGAUGGAUCUUCUAAAUGACAUUCUCCUUACUUAAUGAAGAAAGACAUUCCAUCUAUGGAGGCCUGGUGUGGUUACAGACUAGAGUCAGUGUACCCUCUCAUUCUCAGAGCCAACCUGUUGGAUGUAUCGGUCGGUGGGAGGGUAGAUGCUAUUGACAGGCUCUUUCUCUAGACAAUUUGUGUUAUUUAUUUAUGAAUGUCAACUCUGGAUUGCUCUGGAGGGUUUGGACAGAGUUUGAGACGUGUUGAUAAUGCCAUUGUGGUGACUUGAAUAGGGUUAUACUUUCUAUUCUCUGUAAUUCUGUGGUUUGGGAGCUGUGUGGAGAAGAACUAUGUCCCCGGGGAAUUAUUGACCCCUUGGUGAAGGACAGCAGAAAUGCCAUGACAAAUUUGAUUGGUGUUCAUCAGUCUUUAACUGAGGUACAAUUGUUCAAAUAAAUAAAUAUUUUUCUCAAAA